AUGACUCUAGACGACUUUGAACGGGAAUUAGCGGAGCAGAAGGAGACGGAGAGAAGAAGAGAAAGGCGAAGAGAACAUGAGAAAUCUUCAGAUCGUCACCACAAACAUCACCACCAUUCUCAUCGGAGCUCAAGGCACCACGACUCGCAUUACGACGAUGGCCACAGGCCGAAAAGAUCUAGACACUCAAGAGACGACGACACUUCCGAGGGCAGCCAUAGACAUAAACACCGUCGACGCAGCAAGGGCGACGAUGAUCGAGACGAGGCCGGGCGACGUGCACCCUCACAGCCUGAAUCGAGUGGACUAAAACGCGACUCUUGGAUGGAAGCACCCUCAGCAUUGGACGUUGACUAUGUCCAAAGGAAGAAGCCCGAGCCCACUCCACCCACAGGGGCGAGUCUCGGGGCCAACUUCGAGCUGAAAAUCCACGAGAAGGAACUCAAUCAUCACCUACGGGAUUUGCAGUAUGGGAAACUGGUCGAGGAGCUGGAAGACCAGCCUGCUGCGCAUGAAGUUGAUUAUGUGUUUGGGGAUUCUGGUUCACAAUGGCGCAUGACUAAACUCAAAGCCGUAUACCGACAGGCAGAACAAUCAGCCCGUCCCGUGGAAGAGGUCGCUUUGGAACGAUUCGGGUCUUUGCGCGACUUCGACGAUGCAAGAGAAGAAGAAAUUGAGCUGGACAGGCGCAAAACAUACGGAGAAGGAUAUGUCGGCAAGGAGAAACCCAGCGGCGAACUCUUCCAAGAACGCAAGCUCGACGCAGGCGUACGUCGACCUCAUCCACGCGACACCAACCAAGACGAGCCCGAUGAAGUCGUUGAAGAAAUACCUGUGCCCACUUCCGAAGCGGCAACUUCAGGCCCGAAAGUCGACCAAACCACGCUGAACAAACUUAAAGCUCAGCUCAUGCGGGCCCAACUUCGCAAAGAUCCCAAGGCAGCAGAUCUCGAGCGGGAAUACAACGAGGCUGCUGCUGCAUUCUCUGCACAGGAUCCCACUGUGAUUACAUUGUCCGCGAUGGACAACCGCAUGCUCUCUUCGGCGCCACGGAAUGAAGUCAAGGCUGUCACGAACCGCCGUGGCGCCGAGCGAGGUAAUGUAGAAGAGAACGAGGACAUGAGCAUUGAGGACAUGGUCCGCGAGGAGCGCCGUACAAAAGGCGAAGCAGGCGGCGAGGGCCAACGUAUGGCUGAACGGAUCGCCAAAGACGUCAAAUUCGACAAUGACCUCGACUAUAUGGACGAAAACGCCAACAAGUUAGCGAAGCGAGUCCACAAGUCGGCGACGAAUCUGAGGAAUGUCGCCAUAAACGACUACCAGAAGACGCAGCGCAUUCUGGAGAACUGUCCCCUGUGCUUCCAUGAAGAUACAGACACCCCUCCUGUCGCGCCGGUGGUGAGUCUCGCAACGCGGACGUUCCUCACUCUUCCAACGGAGCCUGAGCUGGCGCCUCAAAGCGCCAUGAUCGUGCCGAUGCAGCACCACACGAACCUCCUGGAGUGCGACGACGACGAGUGGGAAGAGAUUCGCAACUUUAUGAAGUCCCUGACGAGGCUGUACCACGAGCAAGGCCGAGACGUCAUCUUCUACGAGAACGCGGCGUACCCGUCUCGCAAGCCGCACGCUGCGAUGACUGUCGUGCCUUUGCCAUAUGAGCUGGGAGAGACGGCGCCGGCGUUUUUCAAAGAAGCCUUCCUGACCACCGAGGACGAGUGGAGCCAGCACAAGAAGAUCAUCGACACUUUGGCGAAAUCGAAGCAGGCCGGGUUUGGGCGGCUGGCGUUCCGCCGCAGUCUGGCGAAAGAGAUGCCGUAUUUCCACGUAUGGUUCGAACUGGACGGAGGAAUCGGGCACGUUGUCGAAGACCCGGAACGGUGGCCUCGGGGGGAUCUGUUCGCGCGCGAGAUUAUAGGAGGCAUGCUCAGCCUUGAACCGGACGUCAUUAAGCGGCAGGGCAGGUGGCAUCGCGGGCACGAUAAACGAGUUGAUACCUUCAAGAAGGGAUGGAGGAAGUUUGACUGGACUAGGAUUCUGACGGAGGGGAAUUCAUAG